ACGCCUGAGCUGGUCCUGGAAGCGGUUUUCGCUCGGUAGCGCGGAUACAAGAGGGUACGAAGCGGCUCUUGCACUGGGUGACGGCGGCUAAUUUAAUUCUGUGAGAAUCGGGUGAAUUCUGGAAGGACGUUAUGGUUAACAGCGAUGUCUUCUGCAUCUAAAGGUUAUCAGAGAGCUGCAGGUCAAAGAAGCAAAUCUACUUCUUCUCCUUCUGCUGCAACCGGUUCCACAAAUUCAGCCAGCGGUUCUCGCCCAAAACCAAGUGAUCGGCUUAAUCCUAAAACCAUCGACCCAUUUGCAGCAUCACAGAGAUGUCCAUCUGCAUUUGCUGCUGUAUAUUCAAAAGGCGGUAUCCCUUGCAGGCUGGUUCACGGUUCUGUAAAACACAAGUUACAAUGGGAAUGCCUGCCGGAAACAAUCCCCUUUGAUCCUGUACUGGUGACGUUGGCAGAGGGUCUAAAAGAGACGAGACAUCCUUAUACUUUUGUGUCUCAGGAAGGCUUUAAAGAGCUGCUGAUGGUCCCUGGAGCACAAGAAAAAGCACUGCCAGUAUUACCUAAGUUAGCAACGGCACUAAAAGGUGCCCUGGUACAUUCGGAUGGCAGUGUCUUUGAAAGAGGGCUGAAUGCUUUGGUUCAACUAAGCGCAGUUGUUGGGCCGUCGCUAAAUAUCCAUCUGAAGAAUCUACUCACAAGUCUUUCAAAAAGACUGAUGGACAAAAAACAUAAAGAAUCGGUUACAACUGCUUUGCAGAAGUUGGAACAACACGGAGGGAAGGAAAGUCUUACAGUUAUUAAAUCAAAAAUACCAACUUAUUCUUCUAUUUACAACUGAACAAGAAAACAGCUGCCCGCAAGAAAAUAAUACUGAUACAAGGCAUUCCAGCUCCAACACCUAGACAACAUGGCAACAUUAUUUCGUUUUUUUUUUUGUUUUUUAUGCUUCAAAUUAGAAAUUUUAAAACGUAAUCAAAGAAUUAGAAGCAUCAGCAUAUCCGAUCCUCUAAACUCAUUGAAACAAAUGUAUAAUAUCAGUGACAAUAUUGGGAUGAGAUGAUCUGCAUGUUGUGUUCUUUUUAAUAGUGUGG